AAAGUAAAGUAAAUCAUGGCAGGACAAGCACGAACGAUUGUUGAAUAUUUUGCUGAACAUGAAGCUUACAGAUGUGGAUACUGUGGAAAUUCAGAUACAAAUUAUUCACAUGGUAUGUGGGCACAUACUAUGACUGUGCAAGACUACCAAGAUCUGUUAAACCGAGGAUGGAGGCGAAGUGGAAAAUACUGCUACAAGCCUACUAUGAAUGUAACUUGCUGUCCAAUGUACACCAUAAGAUGUGAGGCAUUGAAGUUCAAAUUAAGAAAAUCACAUAAAAAGGUAUUGAAAAAGGUGAAUAAGUAUCUCAUUGAGGGAAUCCAGCCUUCAGGUGAUAUAGCUGAUGAUGAUAUAGAGGCAGUUAAGAACCAGUCAAGUAAAAAUCCAGGGAAAUCUGAGAACAAGUCUACUGAAAUGCCCAGCUGUCAGUCUGAGGGUGGACAGUCUACUGAAGAAAAAGUUAAUCAGGGUUCAUCCAAGGAUGUUAAAACACCAAAGAAAGGUGCUGGUCCAGACCCCAACAAACCCCCAUGCAAGAAAGCUAAGGAUAGAAGAAAGGAGAAAAAAAUGGCAAAACUGGCUGCCAAAGGUGAAUCUGCUGAAACCAGUAAACAGAAUGAGGAGGGUGCAGAAAGUAAAAGAGAUGGGAAGACUCUAGAAGAAUUUCUGGCUGAACCUAGUAAAGCUACCAAAUGUGCUCAUAAAUUAGAGAUAAAAUUGGUACGCAGUUAUCCGAAGUCUGAUGGGUUUAAGACAAGUUACGAGGAGUCUUACAAGGUUUACAAGAAAUAUCAGAUGACAAUUCAUAAAGACACCGAGGACGAUUGCUCUAAGUCUUCAUAUAAUGGUUUCCUUGUUGACUCACCGUUAGAGAGCUCACAUCCCGGAGGAAGUUUACCUGAGGGUUAUGGUUCAUUUCAUCAGCAAUAUAUACUGGAUGGGAAGAUAAUCUGCGUAGGCGUGAUUGAUAUCCUGCCGUCGCUGAUCUCGUCAAAAUACCUCUAUUAUGAUCCAGACUACCAGUUUCUUUCAUUAGGGACUUACUCGGCUUUGGUUGAACUAGCACUUGUAAGAGAUCUCCAUAAACAUUCUGCAGAACUGAUCUACUAUUACAUGGGCUACUAUAUACAUUCCUGUCCCAAAAUGAUAUAUAAGGGUCAGUACCAUCCAUCAUACUUGUUGUGUCCAGAGACGUACACCUGGCAUCCUGUAGAGAAGUGUGGUCCCAUGCUCGACCAGAAAACAUACUGCAGAUUUGAGGAGGAUCCAACUAAAGAUGAUGAGAACGGUAAACCAGACUUAGAGAACCUGCUUGUGUUAUUCCAGCGUACAGCAAUGCCUUACCCUAUAUACAAGGCACUGAGUAAAGGAAAGACUGACGACUUGGACGAGGUGACGGAGUAUGCUGGAUUUGUCGGCAAGAAAUGUGCAUCGAGUAUACUGCUGUUCAGGAAAUGAAGGCAACAAUAAGUUACCGUUGUGUUAAGUUAUCUGUGAUACAUUAGUUCCAAAUUUACAUAUUAGUUAUAUUUAUGAUCAUUGAAUUUCAACAUAAUGUGAUAAUGUAUUCUUGAUAGCAUAUAAGCAUGUUUUGACUAACCGCUUCCGCUGCCAUUACAAAUUGCAUGCAUGAAAAUAAGAUCUGAAAAGGAAUUGAUCGAGUCAAGUUACUUCUUCAAAUUUGGGAAUUAUAACACAGAAAUCUGUUUUGAAAGAAAGUUAAUAAGUGUAAUUCUAUACUCGGUUACAUUUGACAGCUAAACUGAUAACCUGCGUAUGAAUGAAAGGUGUUUUGUGUCAGUCACAUUCUUGCAGCAUAGGAUGAAACUUCUUAAUAUAAUAUUGUGAUGAAGUUAAUUCUUUCUAGCUAGCAUUUGUAAUUUUUAUGAAGGAUUGUGUUUAGGAUCAGUCUGUAGUAUUACUGCCAGGUACCGUGCUAACAGGAAAUGUUCACACAAUCAUAGGCCUUGGGCAAGUCGAUGUAUUUCCCAUUUCACCAGAAAUGAAGUUACUACUUCCGGUUUUGUUAAAAAUAAAAAAAAUGUGCAAUGACAGAAAGAAGCAUCUGCAAUUAUUGUAUGUUUGUUAUUUGCGGGUGUUGAUACUGCGUAACUGUUAAUUGUAAAUACUUUUACUUUAUUAUAUUCUGAUGAAAGUUAUAUGUUUAGUAAUUAUUUUGUAGAGAACUACGGUCAGAAAAUUAUUCUUGAACAUGAAAAUUGGGUUAUUUCCAUUAGAAUUCUAUAGAUAGAAAGUAAUCAAUGUUAGAGGUGUGAAAAUUGAAGUUGAAAAAUAUUGGGUAAUCCUCAUUUACUGUUCUGUAAAUGAUUAUUCUUGAUGACAAAAUAUUUGGUAGUUUUCAUGUUCGAGGUCAGGGCCCAUAUUCAUAAAGCAUCUUAUUAGUGAAAAAAAUUACUAGGAUCGGUAUUUAACAUUUUCUUAUUAUUUUCUAUUUCAUUUAAAACCAUUCUUACUGAUUAGUUAGAUCAGUCGCUCUUCAUUGAACAGUAAGAUUGAAUCUAAAUCUAAUUAAUAUUUUGAUAGAAAGUUUAUUUAAACCAAAGAAAUUGAUAUGUAAGAUUCAUAAAGCAACAUCGUUCUAGGAUUUAAGUUAAAAGCUUUAUUAUUAUUAUGGACCCUGUUAAUUAUUACACUGUAUUGUUCUAUCUUUUAUGUUGUCAUAAUAUUAAUAGUUUAUAUAAGUUACACUAAUUCUUCAAUUAAAUGAUUUUUAGACCCUGUG